UAAAUAGAAUCUUAAAUUAAAAUUAUCAUUAAUAAAGUAGAUUAAAGCUUAAUCACACAUUUUGUGGAUUAGUCAUCAAAAGUGACGCGCACAGACGCACAGUAUCGGAGCCAACGUAACUGACAAAAUCAUGAAUUAGCCGUUGUGACGACUUUUAUCAUUUUCUUUCUCACUCACACUUAUUUCUUUCUUUCUCCACCAAAAAGCAAAAACCCUAAGAAGCUUGAUAUCAUCGACAAUGGCGGAUUUUGGGUAUUUUUCGGAUACAGACGAUUCAGCAGUGGAAGAGCUAAUUUCUCAAGCGAAGGAGCUUUCAGCUUUGGAGCAAGUAGCUGCUAUCAAUUGUUCUGGCUUCACCGAUUCUACUCUUCCCGAUGAUCUCGAAUCUCGCUUCCGUCGACUCAAAUCUCUUCCAGCUGCUCCACGACACGAACCGGUUUCUUCGUCUUCUUCGAUGAAUAGGAAGAAUCAUCUCACACACUCCAAGAGCGUGGCGACGAAUCAUCCGAAGGAGGAUGUGAAAUUCUCAGGAAAUCCAGGUAAAAAACCUGGUUCUGUGAGUUUAUCUGAUGAAGAUUCGAGAAACAAACGAGAUCUGGAAAUGAAAUCGAGUUCUCAGGCUGAGCUUGUCUCUAAUGGAAGUGGAGAUUUCUCAGAUUCUGGAAACAUAAGUGAGAGUAAAAUUUUCUCGCCAGUGAAACAACAAAUGAAGAAGAAGCUUCCUAAAGAGAAACGCAGAAUCGUUUCACCAUCAUCCUCAUCUUCGAUCGAUUUAGCUACUACACCACCAUCAACAGAUUCAGAACCAGAAAAGAAAUCGAAAUCAAAAUCAAAGUCGUCAUGGUUCGAUAAGUUAUCUCCAUCGAAACUCAUUGGAACCAUUUGGCGUUCUUCGCCGAGAAAAUCAACCACCAACAAGAAGAAUCUCAAAAGCAUCAAAUCGUUUAAUACUGCUGCUUACACUUCUGGUCGAGAGAGGAAGGUCGAUUUCGACGAGUUUUUAUCUGAUUUGAAUGCGUUUCCAGUGGAAGAUCAAAGGAAAAUGUUGAAGAAAGCGCUUAAGGAACAGCAGAAGAUGAGGAAAGAAGCAGCUGAGAUCAUCAAAAUGGCGAAACAGGCAUCAGCUAGAUUCGAUUUUGAUGAUUGAGAAUUGGGGAAUUGGGUUUUUGGUUUGGCUGGUUCAGUUGUUUUGGUUAAUUUUGUUUUCCGGUUUGAAGAAAAUGCUUAUAGAUUUUAUAAAUUAACCAGAAAUAUAAAUAAAUCUUAAAUUAAGUAGUAGGAGUAUUAUAU